AUGGGCGCGCUAAAUUUGGUCUACUCGCUUACUUUGGCAACACUACCAGCUCUGUCAUUGGCAGGGACGGUUAGUUUGCCCUCUUAUCCACUGGCUGUCAAAAGUCCCUAUUUAUCGACUUGGCUCCCAGGGAAUCAGACAAAUGAUGUUGCUACCGGCCAACCCGAGUUUUGGGCUGGCCAGAAAUUGAAUUGGCCAAUCCUUGCCCGCAUCGGAGGUACCACAUACACGUUGUUUGGUGCUCCAGAAGGAAUAUCUGGUGCGACUGCGGCCACGACCACCGCAGUUAGCUAUACGUCAACACAUACGCUUUUUGCCCUGGCUGCUGGGGGAGUAAAUAUUACCUUAGACUUCUUUUCACCAGUCUAUUCGGGGCCAGAUGACUAUGCCAAGCAAUCUCUUCCUUACUCUUACUUGACUGUAUCAGCCUCUGCGCAUGAUGCUACCGAUAUUCAGAUUCUCAGCGGAAUAGACUACACGUGGACUGCCCAGGGCGGCGCUGCAGAGUUAAACUUUACCACCACGGACACGGCUGGAUUCUUCUGGUUUUAUAAUCCGAAUCAGCAUUAUUUCUCAGAAGAUUCUGAUAUGUCCACCUACGGCUCAGUCCUCUAUGGUACGACAACAGCCAAUAGUGUUAGCUAUUCUUGCAACGAUGCUAAUACUAUAUACGCUACUUUUGGCAGUACGGGAGCUUUGGGGAACCCAAAGACUUGUGAAGGGGGACAAUUAGCCGCGUUGGCGAAAGAUUUGGGCCGUGUGACGACCGCAAAUGUUACCUUUGCUGUUGGAUUCCAGCGUGAUUUGGCUAUUAACUACCUUGGCAACCCGCAGACAGGCGCCCAUCGCUCGAAUCCUAAUUGGUAUCUAAUACCUGAUGCUAUUGGAUCAUUCUUGACCGAUUACGAGAAUGCAGUCGGUGCAUCGAGUUCUUUCGACGAAGCAGUGCGCAGCAAGUCAAAGAAUGUCUCUAUAGAUUGGGGUAGCCAGUACGCCGAUAUAAUUGAAGCUAGCGUCCGGCAAACGUUUGGUUCUUUCGAAAUUACUGUCCCUCUUGCCAAUCUUACCGAGUCACCACAUAUGUUUUUGAAAGAAAUUUCCAGUGAUGGAAAUAUACAGACAAUCGACGUGAUGUACCAAACAUGGCCCGUCUUCAUCAGUCUAAACCCGGAAUACAUUAAGCUUUUCUUGAAGCCCGUACUAUCUUACUCUGCCACUGGAGCCUGGCCACAUCCAUGGGUAAUUCAUGACCUCGGCACACACUAUCCAAAUGCCACCGGCCAUAACGAUGGCAAUGCGGAGCAGAUGCCACUCUUUGAAUGCUCGUCUCUAUUCAUUCUUUUACAAGCUUACCAAAAGUACACCAACGACUCCUCGUUUGCUGCAGGCUACACUUCGAUUCUGGCCGGUUAUGCAGAUUAUCUAAAUAAGAAUUCUCUGUACCCAGCCAGCCAGCUCAUCAGUGUCGAUGCUAUUCCAGAACGAGCUAACCAGACGGGUCUCGCGAUUCAGUCUGCUAUUGGGCUCAAGGCAGCAAGUUUUAUACUUGGUAACUCGACUUACUCUGACACCGCAAAGACUAUUGCGAAGACAGUAUACGAUGAUGCCCUUGGCCUUGAUGGUGAAACCCUAGCAGAAAGCACUCAUUUCACGUAUUAUUACGGAGAGAGUGAGACAUGGAAUGUGCUAUUUCCUUCGUACUCCGACGUGUUGCUUGGGCUAAACACGUUUAACUCUUCUGCGUGGGCCCUUCAGUCAGACUGGUACAGUAAGAACAUGCAAGUUGGAGGGCUCGCCUUUGCAGGACCCCUCAAUUAUACUGGAUAUGGUGGCUCGAGGAUCAAUUGGGGACUUUCUGACUGGAAUCUCCUUGUUGCUGCGACAUCAUCUGCAGACGUCCAGGCCGCAAUUGUCAACACCACACAUACCUUCCUAACCAACGGUCUUAACGAUAUUCCAUUCGGCACAAAGUACUAUGUUGAGGGUGAUGAAGUUGGUAUUUGGAUUGCAAAUCGGGCGCGUCCAACAGUCGGGACAAAUUUUGCCUUGUUGGCUUUGGAUCAAGGGUAUUGGGGAGCAUCGUUCUAGCAAGUCUCUCCCUCUCUCGUUGACUUUGCCUUAUUCAUCUAUGUUUUUAAUUAUCCCUUGGCCGUAUUGCCCUUUGUUCUCUUGGGCAUAUUUUCAAUCAUCAACAUUAAACCCAAUUUGUAAAAUCGGCCAUUGAGUCUCUUGUUUGUUUCUGUAUAUUAUAUGAUCCUGUAUAGAAUGUCUUUCAAAACAACUAAUAAAUCACACCCAGCAACUCCGAGUGCAAAGGACAUGCAAAUCACAUGACACAGC